AUGUAACAAUCUGAAUUUUAAUCACAAUUUAACGAAGAAAUCGAAUUUAGAGAUCUUAGUUAUCAAUAAAUCAAAAAUGAAAAAGUUUAAUAAGAAAAAUAACAUUUUAAUUUAUUUAGAAAUAUAGAAAACAAUCAAUUCAAAGCAGUUUAAGAAUUAGAAACUCUUUAUGAGAAAAAAAUAAUGAUAGAAAAUGAAAAAUAUCUAUAAUUGGAAUAAAUUCUAAUUGAAGAAAGAUAAAAAUAUUAAUAAAACUUAAAAGAGUUAGAAUGUGAUUGCUCUAAAUAAAUUAAGGAAAUUAAAUGUAAAUUUUAAUCUGAUUUGAAAUUACUUUAUGAUACUAUCAUAUCUAAUAAAAAUGACAUUAAAAAAUUAUAAAAUAAUAAUCAAUCAAUCAUUUUAGAUGAUGAUAUAUUAAAUGAUUAUAUAGAAUGUACUAAAUAAAAAUUUAAAUAAAAGAUUGAAGAAUUAUAGAAAGAAAUCUUAAAAAAAGAUAAGUAAUUGGUUCUAUAUAAAUCUGAAAAAUAUAAUUGCAAAGAAAUUGAUUUUGUUAAAGAAUAAUUAGAAUUGGAAAAAUAAAGAUAAAAAGAUUGUGAAAAAUAUAUAUAAGAAUUAUAAAAUUAGAAUAAAGAAUUGAUGGAUAAAAUUGAUUUACAUGAAUAGGGAUUAUCUCAUUGCAAUGAAUAAAUUAAAUAAUAUUAAAAAUACAUAGGAGAUUUAUAAAAGUCUAAAUUGGUUUUAAGCUAUAAAACUUAUGAAAUGUAAACAGAAAUGGAACCGAAAGAUAAAAAGAUUAAAGAAUUACUUGAAAGUAUUCCAAAAUUAGAAGAAGAAAUAAAUGAAUUAUCAACAAAAUUAAAAAAUUAUGAAGAAAAAGAUAAAAGAAUGACUAAUUAAAUUAAAGUUAUGAAUGAAGAAAAUGAUAAAAUAAAAUAGAAUUGUAAGAAAUAUCAAGAUUUAUCCAAAAAAAUAACAAUGGAUAUAUAUAAUUGUUAUCAUGAAAAGAAAGAAAAAGUAAGGUUGUCUUUUUAAUAUAUAGGAAUGGGUUGAUUUUAUGAAAUAAAUGUAUUCAAAGUACAUAAGUAAAAGCUAAAAAAACGAUGAUAUUAGGAAUCCAGAAAAUAUAACUGAAUAAGAUAAAAAGACUGAAAUAUCUAUCAAAUUAUUUAUUAAAGACAUAACAUCAAUGAUUCAUGAAUUCAGAGAAUCUGUAUUAAAUAUUAAUUAAAUAAGGAUUGGCCUCAAUAAUUAAAAUAACUUUAUCAAAAACAUUUCACAGGUGAAAUUACUAAUGAAUUAAGUAGAUAAAAUUAAUUCUUGGUCAAAUCUUCUUAAGAAAAUGAUAAAAAAUUUAAAAAAUUAUUAUUAUGGAGAGAUUAAGAAAUCUAUUUAAAAACCUAAGAAAAUUUGCAUCUCUUAACACAUUUGAAUUAGGUUCAAGAAAGAAAAAAGAGUUUAGAGAUUAAAUUAGCUUAAUAGAUAUCAUAAUAUGAAUCCUUACUUAAAUCACAGAACAGAGCUAAUUCAACUUAAUAGCAUGAACAGAGACGUAAGAGUCAUUAAUAAGAAGUAUAUUAUUGAGUAUUAAUAAGGGAGAAUAGUGUAAUUCUUUAAGAUGAAGCUAAUUUAUAACCACUUAAUUAAUCAGUUGAUUUAGUAAAUGGUUAUGUUACAAAUAGAUUUUUAAAGAAGGGUAAACUAAUAAAGGGUUAAAAUUAUAACAAGUAGAAUCUAUCACGUUUUGAAUAACAUCGUAAUUCAGAUUUAGCCACUUAAAUUGAAACUCUGUAAACCAAAAAUUAAUUAUUGGAAUAAUAGUUAAAAGGAUUGAAAUAAAAAUUGGUUGAAGCUGGUCUAGAUGAAGAGAUAACAUAAACUAACACUUAAAGACCAUACAGUUAAAAAGUAAAAAGAACAUGAC